GAAUUGCACCGAGUACCAAUACUAUUCGCCAUACACAAUCAAUAUACAUGGGAUCUCUGUUUAUGGAAUCCCUCAGAUGCAAGACAACCUCCUCCAAUUCCAAUACUCAAUAUGAAUCGCCAAAAUAUAAUUUGUUUAAAUUUGGAUAAUACGAUUAUUGGGUACCUCCAAGAAAGGCGUCAUAUUAUUGUUCAUAUCGAUGGAACCAGAAAAUUUAUAAGUUUUCCAAAAACACAAUAUCUAAGAACCAUAGUGUACUUGAAAUUAAGAACCAAAAAAGUUUAUGAUGAUAUAUCAAACAAUGUUAUCGAUGAGACCAUUGAUGAAGCGAUCAAAAACUAUAAUGCUAAACCAAAAGGUUCAAAAUUAUCAUAUAAAUCCAAAAAAGAUUUGAAACACACAAUUAUUAUCCAAAAAAAAUCAUAUAACAUUGAAGAAAAUGCAAGAGAUUUAAGACCUUGUCAUUUCGAAAAAACAACAUUUGGCCAACAGAAAAGAUCAAUAACGAUUGUAAGCUCACAUAUUUUAGAAAAACCAACGAGUGGAUCCUUUCCUGGGUUCAUGAACGACAAAAAGAGGCGAAGAAAACACAUGAAAUGUUCAACCCCAUUCACCACAUACUCACCAUCCGAAGGUACUUGUGAAAUAGGAAAAACCAAUUCUCAAAGAUUAAUAAGAUUACUUAUCAUGCCGACAAACUAA